CCAUACUGAGUCCUCAAUACUCACUCCGUUCAUCCGCAAACCAACAUCCCUCGCCUCACCAGCAAGAAACCAGUAUUCGACAUCCACAAUGGCCGAGAAGGAACUUCCCAUCCACGCCACGACCGCCCUCGUCGAGGGCCGCACCUUCAUCGUGACCGGCGCCAACACGGGCAUCGGCUACGAGACGACCAAGCACCUCCUGAACCUCGGGGCAGCACGGGUCAUCAUGGCCGUGCGCAACCUCGACGCCGGCGCCAAGGCCAAGGCCAAGAUCGCCGCGGAGCUCGGCAAGAAAGACGUGCCCGCCGACAUCUGGCACCUCGACCUCGCGAGCUUCGCCUCGGUCCGCGCCUUUGCGAGCAAAGCGACCGCGGAGCUGGACCGCAUCGACGGCCUGGUCGAGAACGCGGGCGUCUUUGCGGGGUCCCGCGACGAGGCCAAGCCGGAGGGCUGGAACGUCUCGACCACGGUGAACGUGCUGAGCACGUUCCUGCUUGCCGGGCUGAUGCUGCCCAAGCUGAGCGAGACGGCCAAGAAGCUUGGGUUCGUGGGUGCUGACGUCGGCAGCAAGGACACCCGCCUGGCGCCGCAUCUUACCAUUGUCGGGAGCAACUGGCCGCUCCACCAGUUCCAUGAGUCGUGGGCGAACAUCAAAGACGAUCCGCUUGUGGGCUUGGAAGACGAGAGCAAGUGCCCGAUCGGAGAGGUUUAUGCUCUCUCCAAGCUCCUCGACAUCCAGUCCACCCGCGAGCUCGGCACGACCAUCGCGCCCUUCUCCCGCACAGGAGUGGUGAUCAACACCGUCUGCCCCGGUCUCUGCAUGUCCGACCUCGCGCGGUACCAGACGCAACAGUUCCAGACGCACAUCUUUGGCGUGAUUGACCAGAUCGGCCGCACCUCGGAGCAGGGCAGCCGGAACCUGCUGUACGCCGUGACUGCAGACGCGCAGACGAGCGGGCACUUCCUGGAGAAUGCCGCCGACGCCGAGGCUGCCAUCCCAGAGUUUGUGAAAGAGUCCCAGAAGAAUUCGUGGGAUGUUGUGGCCAAGGAACUCGAGAAGAUCGAGCCUGGCUUCUUGACCAAGUUGGUCUCGGUCUAGGGCGCGCGCGCAAUGGCGGGUUUCUCAGGGAUGAGACUACGUACUCUCGGGCUAUUGCUUGGGAGAUCAACGAUUAGGUAGAAACAC